GGUGAUCAGGGAGAGGUGUGGUGAGACAGGGGUGUCAUCUGCUCUGCUGUCUGUGCUGCUCUCCAGGGAUCAGGAGCUGCUGAUACACGCUGGCCGCGCUAUCGCUCGUAUUUGCUACGAGAGCAGGUGUCAACAGGAGCAGUUGUUGCGUUUGGGGGCGGUCCCUAGGCUGGUCGGAAUCCUGCUGGGUUUUAAAAGCAACCAGGCUCUGGAGGGUGUGUGUCUUGUGGCCCUGUGUAACCUAGGUGACAUGGGAGAGGGGGGGGAAGAUGGAGGUAUAUCGUGGGAGAGAGGCGUGUCGCUAUGUCCCGAGGAGUCUGUGUUUCGUGGCGUGACUUGUCACUCCUGCGGCUUUGGCUCCAUGGUUACAGUCGUCAGACUGACCCAGUGGUCGCCCGGGCAACACACCGUCAGCAUCGAGGUGUUAUCCCGUUACUCCAUCGGGUUCUGGACAAUGCAUAACAACCGCCGGACAGUGCGACGUUCGCCACUCUCUCACCUGGGAACGUGUCCUAGGUUCUACAAAGCCAUCAAGUACUCCGUCCAGAACAUUCCCAACAGUAGAAGCCUCAAGUCACUGAUCUUCCACAUCUUCCUUUGAGAGGGGAAUGGACUACAAACAUGGCAGCAUAUUAUGGACUACAAACAUGGCAGCAUAUCAUGGUUUACAAACAACGCACCAUAUUAUGAACUAAAAACAUUUUUCAUUGACUAUGAAUAUGGUAUUCUAUCAUUGACAAACAGGAGAACUCAUUCACACCUUCUUAGAGAGGAACGGACUACAAACAUGGCAUUUUAUGGACUACAAACAGGUUGACCCUGAAAGUCACUGCAGAUACAUCAGGACUGCAGACAGAAACCGAGAUGACUGUGGGUGUUGUGGCUACAUUUUUUUUCAAAAUUGACAUUAAAGGUUCAAAUGUAUUUCUUUAUUUUGUUUUUAAGAAAUUCUAAAAU